AGAGGAAACGACGGAACAGCAGACACAUGUAGCAUUCGGGCAUCAGUAUAAUGAAGCCGUCCAUGAAAAUGGGAGUGAUCGCCUUGAUAGGGAUCUUCGUAGUCUUUUAUCAAUAUCUCCUGUCCACCGGCAUUACUUUCGAUCAAGUAACGGUCUUCAAUGCCGAUACUUCCGCGAACGCUGCCGAGGAUUUGCCGGUCGGUGAGGAGGAUGAUAGCGAAACCCCAAGGCUCGCCGAGGAAAUGAUUCGAUACGCCGUGUACCAAGUACAAAUCACGAACGGCCUGAGUCCGGAAAUAAGCUCGAUGCUCGUGCAAGAACUUAUCAAUCAGUUAAGCGAAAACGUCUCGGUGGCCUCCAGAAAUCAUUUCAAGUCUCCGCCGCAAUCGCAACCCUCGGCGAUGGUGAUACACAGGGCGGUAAUGCCUCGUCCGUCGGUCCCUUCCGAGGAAUCGUCCGAAGAACCCCUAUUCAUCAUCACACCUACAUAUCGAAGACCCGAACAGAUCCCCGAACUCACGAGGAUGGCCCAUACCUUGAUGCUGGUCAAAAAUAUACAUUGGCUUGUCAUCGAAGACGCUACCGUCGCUACCAAGCAAGUUACCACAUUAUUGAAAAGGACGGGCUUGAAGUUCGAUCAUUUAAUCGCUCCGAUGCCGGAGAAGUACAAGCUUAAAAAAGGCGCCAAGCCGCGAGGGGUGUCGAACAGAAAUCGUGGUUUACAGUGGAUCAGGGCGAACGCCACAGAAGGUGUGUUCUACUUCGCCGACGACGACAAUACUUAUGAUAUUGAACUUUUCGACGAGAUUCGCAAGACAAAAACAGUGUCGAUGUUUCCGGUGGGACUGUGCACCAAGUUCGGACUGAGCUCGCCGAUCUUGAAGAACGGAAAAUUCGCAGGGUUCUAUGACGGUUGGGUAGCUGGACGGAAGUUCCCGGUGGACAUGGCCGGAUUCGCCGUGAACGUCAAGUUCCUGCAUCAGCGGCCGAACGCCACCAUGCCGUUCCGCGCGGGAUACGAGGAGGACGGGUUCCUGAAGAGCCUGGCACCGUUCGAGCCACGGGACGCCCAACUGCUGGCGGAUAAUUGCACCAAGGUGCUAGCCUGGCACACGCAGACGAAGAAGAACGAGCCGAGCGCGCCGUUGGACAUGAAGCUUUACGGCGCGACGAAUCUGGUGAAGCUCAAGCAGCAGAUAGUAUGAUGUCGGCCGGGACAACGAAGAUGCGUGAACUCGAACCUGAAUCUUGUGUGUAAUCCCGCCCCUCCUUCGCACUAGUUCAUCGGUGUCACUCCAGGGGAAUUCCUAGGUGCGGAAAACUGUGCGAUUCAGUGCCUAAAAGUAUAUCUACCCUCUCUCUCACGGUGAGAGAAGUCGGGAAAGUCGUUAUUACCUUUAAGCAUAGCCGGUAAAACGAAUCGUUUUUUUAUCAGCUUUUACACAUCCGCAACAAGUAGCUCGCCCCGAAGACGUCUCUUGCUCCGAGAAAGAAUACCGCGGUGGAGAAAAAGAAUAAAAUAGGAUCCUCGGGGGCAACGCUACGACUCGAUACAGUGCAGAUAGAAAUUUACGCGUAGAGUCCGAAAGCUAUCCAUUGCUGUUACUUUUCUGGCAUUCCCACUUUUGUGAAGCGACGCAUGGGAAGAUCAGUUUUGCUAAAUCUAAAAGUUUAGUUAGAUACUGAAGAUAAUUUUGUUCGAAUCUGCACCAAAGAAAUUAUGUAGAACAUUUAAACUGGUGACUACAAUGUUAAAACGUUUGACAGCAAUGUCUUCAAGGUUUUACAGGAUUAUUUUGAUAGUCCGACAAAUCAAAAUUUUUUUGCUUCAGUAAUAUUGUUCUUUCCGUCGAUAAAUGCGAAAAGGAAGAUGAAUUCCUUCAUUAAUAACAUUAAUUGAUACGUGAGACGGUGAUGUUCGUUAAGUGAAAAUCGAAGCGACGUUUCGAAGUAUCCUUACGCGUAUAAAUGUUGAAGUCGCGCACUGUACAGAUGAACGACCAAAGAAAGCAAAUGAGUCACUCGCUGUAACGUUAAACUCUUACACUUACUUUACUCUACCUGAGGGAUACGUCCCAAAUUCUAUAAAUAGAUACUCUAUUCUAUUCCAUAGCGCGAAGUUUCAUUCUUGAACUUGCUCUAGUAUGACACGAGGUCACAAAAGAUUCGAUCGAAGAGUGAAAAUAUCUGGGCGAUUUUACGCCCUCCCUUUAAUUCACGCUGAUCGAUCUUCUAAUGAUGAACUUGACAUUGCUCGUUAAUCUAAUUACCAAGUAUAAUGUUUAACGAUCGUCACUUAAUCUUAUCUUGCCUCUUAAUGCGAUUAGCUUAGGCGAUUGCGAGAUAAAGAAUUAGAACAAGUCCUUUAAUAAGAAUUCCUCUCGUAGCUUCGAAAGAUUUCGAAUGAGAGGAUAAAUAAGUUUAAAAGUCGAAGCACGAAAAUCGAAGUUUAGCUUUGUCAACAAUAGAGAAAUUAUUAUUUACACGAGGAUUUCUGAUUCAAAUAUGAAAUUUUCUUCGACAGGUAUUUUCGAUCGGAGAAUACCAAGUUGAAAUGCACGAGAUAUCUUUGAUUUAUUUAGCCUUCAACAUAAAUCAGCAUAAAUCAACAUUUAAAAAAUGCCCAACAUGCAGUAUGCGCAUAAUUAUCAUAACUUAGAUCGAAUAAAUUUUUCAGGUUUUUCGAAGAAUUUGAAAAAUUGAUUUCACGACUGAAUAUCGUGGAAUGCCUAUAUCGUACGAGUAGCAUUUGCCGAAACAAGCAUCCUUUCCUGUAUUUGACUGAAUAGAGAUACUUUUAAUUCUCGAGUUGCGCUCGUCGCUGCUCUUUCAUUUCCUUUAGCAUAAGCCAUUUAUUUCGCGUCGCGUAACGUCGAUUUACGAAAUCAUAAGCAAAAUAGCGAAUUAUAAUCAAAUAGAGCGUUUCCGUUACCAAUGUACUUGCGUGCGUAUGCGUAGAAAAUAUGUACUUCCUAGAAAGGUAUAAUAUUUAAUGCUACGUUUGAUUCCUCUUGCACGGGUUCGCGCGAGUUAAAUAGUACUAAAAAAAGCUAGAAAAUAAAAAAAGGUGUGCACUGAGUGCGAAAUCCAAAGAAUCUGUUUCGAUUACUUGCCGAUGAAAUCGUCAGAAUAUCGAAUCAGAAUUGUACAGUAGAACCUUGAUAAUUCCGAACAUCUCCACUUACUCUAACAUAUCGUUGUAAAAAUUCGACCAAUAUUGGAUCAAAUAUUAUC